AUGGACCAGGGCCAAAUAAGACUAAAGGCAUUGGGAGUACAGUGGGACUUGGCCACUGAUGAAUUGGGUGUCCAGGCAGAUCUGGUUUCAGUUCCAAGGACUAAACGCAGCUUGUUGUCAGUCAUAGCCUCGAUUUACGACCCCCUUGGCAUAUUGGCACCAGUUUUAAUUGAGGGACGGAUAAUUGUGCAGGACUUGUGUAGAUUGAAGAUAGGCUGGGACAGGGGAUUGGACUCCAACACCACUGACCGCAUCAGGGUGUGGGUGAACAAGUUGAAUCAGACCAGAGGGAUAAGUGUGCCAAGAUGCCUAAAGGUUAUUGGGUGGGAGUCAGCUACCCUAAUACAGCUGCAUCUGUUCUCGGAUGCGAGCAUCAUGGCUUUAGGAGUAGUGGCAUACUUGCGGGUCACAGAUCGGUGGGGAAAUGUAUCCUGUAGAUUCAUUAUGGGAAAGGCAAGGGUAGCGCCCUUGAAGGACGUUUCAGUACCCCAGCCUAGAGCUUAG